AAAUUUAUGGCUUUAGCUCUUCUCUGUCUGGGAUUGUGGAUAGAUCCUUCACACAUAGGCAAAAUUGAAAUUAUUGAAGAUUUCCUUCUCAAAACAGAAGGGAAUACACUGUAAUUAUCAAUGGGUUCCAUGGGCCAGAAGGUAAAAUGGAGCUGGAGCUCAGCCUUAAUCGGAGCAGCAUCUGCGGCAGCAGCAACUUCUCUCCUUAGCGCCAAGCCAAAGGAUCCAACUUUCCACCUUAUCUCCAUAGACCUAACCUCACUCAAACUCAACCUCCCAGUCCUCGACGCUGAAUUAAUGCUCACCGUACACGUCACAAACCCUAACAUCGCAGCCAUCCAUUACUCCUCCACAACGAUGUCGAUUCUAUACGACGGCACGGUCCUUGGCACGGCGGAGGUCAAAGCUGGUUCGCAGCCGGCGAGAUCGUGUCAGCUUCUUAGGUUACCGGCGCGUCUCGACGGGAUGGAGCUUGCGCAACACGCGCGGAGGUUCUUUGCUGACGUGGCGAAGAGGGAGAUGAAGCUUCAGGCUAAGCUUGAUAUCGAAGGAGCGGCUAAGGUUUUGUGGUGGGACCAUAGUUUUAGGGUGCACGUGGAUAGUUUUGUUACUGUUGAUCCGGUCUUUCUUGAUAUUAUUGGCCAAGAUAAUAGAUCUCAAAUGGAUUUGUUUCUUGCUUAACAAAAUGAUAAUAUGCUAAGUUUAAUGAUAAUGUGUCAUUGUGUUGUUUCAUAGUUAAUCACCUAAGGUUAUGUUUUUAGCUAUUGGAUAAGGCUUUCAAAGUCAUUUUUCUUC